AUGCUUAGUGCACUUAAAUUUUCACAAACAUCACAGGCGAAGAAAUUGUUGGCUUCCUCACCAUCUCCCUUUGGUAUAAGGUUACGGCAAGCUAUGCAAUCGGCUAAUCCAAAACAGCCACAGAGUUCAACUGAAACCAUGACUCGAGAUCCAACUGACACUGUGGAUUCCGGGGAUACGUUUAUGACAGUAGAUGUAGAAUAUGUUACCCGCUGUGAAGAUGAAGGUUAUGGAGGUAUCAUCUACGGGAAGGGAAAGCAUUUUGCAAUUGAAGAUGAGGAACCCAAAACGGCCGCUCAAGACAUCCCUACCAAAUCUACAGGACAACCGACUGGAGGAGGAGUGGCUCGUGAAUCCACGAAGACUUGA